AUGCUAAUAAAAUCUGUAUUUCAAAGCCGUAGAAAUGCGGCUGUUUUUACAACUGUUAGAUUAGCAAGCAUAGCUAUGAAACCGGUUACCACAAGUUGCCGUUCAAUGAGCACUAGCAAGGCCAACGAUGACGAUGAUGUAGUGCAGAGAAUUAAGGUAGAUCCAAUCAAAAGAGUAAAUGAAGAUUUGCAAACUAAGAGAGCAAGACUAGUUUACCAGUCGAGAAAGAGAGGAAUCCUGGAGACAGACUUGCUAUUAUCGGGCUUUGCUGCAAAGCAUUUAAAGCACAUGUCACCGGAUGAAUUGAAUGAAUAUGAUGAGUUACUGAAUGAACUUGAUUGGGAUAUUUAUUACUGGGCUACUAAGAAUUAUACGGUUACCCCCCUUCCUAAAAAAUGGCAAGACUCUGCUAUUUUGCAGAAAUUACAGGAAUACAGUGAGAAUAAGCAGAAGAAGAUACUAAGGAUGCCCGAUCUGGCGGAGUUCAGAUGA